AUGAACACAGCAAAGAAGUUUCCUGAUAAACCUCAGCCCAGACUCAAAAAACAGCAAGAUCUCCAGGAUGUACUGACAAAAGUUGGGCUGUCUGUCGACUACUGGCUGCCUAAGCUUCAGGAAGACCUGGGUGUGUCCUGUGCCCAGGCCUUACAACACUUAGAAGAAAAAGACCUCCAGAAGCUGAAGUCCCAGACACAACAUACGUGGGAGAAAAAGGCCCUAGAGAGGCUGCUUGACCUCUCACAGACAAAUAGUAUUGCAGAGUUCCAGGAGACUCCAGGACAGAUGAUAAGGUACAGGCAGAGGCAGGCAGGACAGGCACUGCAGGAACUGAGGGCCUUGCAGUCACAGGGAAAGCACAGACAGGAAGAGGCAGUGCGGAGGAAAGAAGCAGAGCUGAGACAAGCAAUGGAGAUCCCUGAAGAGUGCUGGCCAAGGCCUGAAGUGUCCCUAAAAGACAUCACUGUAACAAUGGAAAAACAUCUCAAGGACGUGGAGCAGAAACUUCCCUACAGUGGAAACCUCUCAGAUAGAGAGCUGGUAAUAUGGGCAUCUGGAGGGCUGGCUCUUCAGGGAAUUUAUAAGACAAGAAAGCAAAAGGACCUGGUAGUGAGGAGAGAAGAGCUACUCAGGCUCCCCAAGGAAUUCUCCCUCUUUGGACCUGAGCAAGGAAAAAGAAUGGAAACAAAAGAAUUCACAUCAUCUCAAGCAGAAUCCAUGUUCACCAAAACUGUGGAGAAGCUGGGAUUUGGAACAAUGAUAUCAGCCAAAGGUGGAUGCUUGGGAUUUAGUCUGGAAGGUGUUAUAGAUCAAAGCAAACAUUCCGAAUCUAAGGACACUCACCAGUCAUAUUCAGAGCAUUCUUAUUUCUGUUCAGCCAAAUUCAGCUAUGUGCCCCUGGCCUCCUUCCACUUUCGAACUGAUCAGCUGCAACUCUCCACUGCUGCUCUCAAGGAACUGAAGUUCAUUGAAGAACAACUGGAAGACACUGAUGGACCAGACAGAUUCCUCUUUCUGAGGAACAGGACUGAAAACUUCUUCAACAGAUUUGGCUCCCAUGCUAAUCAAGGCCCUCUACACCUCGGGGGAAUCUACUGCUGGAAGGCCAUUUCAGAGGGUUUCAAAAGUGACCAGUUGGAUUGUGUGAAACAGCAGACAGCAGCAGCUUUAGAAAGUUACAUAAGAAGGAGCUCCAGUGGCUUUGGGACUGAUGUUGUUAGAAGGACAACAGCAUCACACUCACAUUAUGUAAGAUCCUGCCAGAAUGCAACUAAUGAAAAGCUUCAAUUCAAUGUCCAGUUAUCUGUGGCCCAGAUUGGUGGGCCAGCAGAAGCAAAUGGAAUUGUUCAGUGGACAGCUGGCCUUCUUGCCAGCAACAAAACCUGGUCUAUCAUUGACCAGGAACUUCAGUUGGUACCUAUUUGGGACAUCAUUCUCUGUAGCCACAGAAGGGAUUUUAAGGAGCCACUUCUUGUGGCUAAGUGCCUGAAAGACAGCUACACUGCACUGACUGGACUUGCUGUUCAAAUACAGGAUGAAGAAUAUUUCCACACUGUUGGGCAAGACAUUAGAUUUUUCCAAAAAAAUGUGAACCUCCAAGAGGUUUCUGACUCCAUGAAAUCAUUAAAUCAAAAAACUAAAAGUUAUGACAUUUGGAUUCAUAUGUUUUUCACAGAUUGGCAACUGCAGAAUUUUCUAAUUAGCACAAUCAACUUCCUUAAAGAAGCAGCUACUUAUUUAACUCAGUUUAUUAGUACUCUGGUAUGUAGACUUCUAGAACCUCGUGUCUACAAAGUGACAAACUUCACAAGGGCAUCACCUCCUAUGGAGUGUAUCUACCAGACAGAGUCAGAAGAAAAAGUCAAGAUCACCUCAUUUUCUGAAUUCCUUAAGACCCUACAGGAAAUUAAAAGAAAAUUUAUAGGAGUAAAUAUGAAAAAUAAAUCCUCACAAACAGUGGAAGAGGCUCAAAGAAAGGCUACAUAUGACAUCACCGCAGCUCUGAGCUCCUUCUUGAACUUCCUCAGAGAGUCUGAGCAGCCAGAUAUGCAGCUGCUACUACUCUCCAUUGCAGCUGGUGCAGGAUAUCAGCUGGAAAGCAGUGUUUUUCAGUCUUUCCUGGGGUGUGCUGAGUUAAACUUUCUCCUGGAUGAAAUACAAACUGUCCAACAUAAAUACCAAGAGCUCAAAAAUAUUUGUAGUUACAGAGCCCAGGCAUUUCUAGUCCUCACAGCACUGAGAGCCACAGUUAGAACCACAGAUAUUUCUAUAGAUGAGAAAAGACAACGUUUGGAAUUAGUAAGAGAAUAUAUAGGACAACUCUUGUCUGAAGAAGUUGUAAGCAUCCUCAUGAAACAUAGAGUACACCAUGACUGGGAAAAUCUGGAGAAUGAUUUGAGAUUACUUGUUUCUGAGGACUAUAUAGACACUACUGCUUCUUUGCGUAUGGACAAAGUGAAAAAAAAGUUGCAAAGUCUCCGUAAUGAAAUUAAAGAGUCUUAUAAACAAGAAAGUAUUGAAAACAGCAAAAAGGAGGUGAUGGACAAUGAACAUUUUACACACUUACUCCAACAUCUAGGCUUGUAUCAUCACUAUCCAAAAAAGAUGAGCAGAGCUAAUUUCCAUCUGAUCUACAAGAAAUCUGUACACAAGUCCCAGCCAAGAUCUGAACAGGAACUUCCUUUCUAUUUCCUGCAAAAACUACUGAUGCUGGAUUGCAGGUUGAGACAACUGACUAUCAAAGAUGAUGGAAACACAGAAUACCAGGUCUCUGGACAUUCCUAUAACCAGGGUAAUGAGGUUUUUGAUCCAUAUGAAGAGUUAUUUGAAGAAAGUGAAGAUUUCUCAAAAUUAUCCGUCAAAAUGUCCCAGCCCCACAUUCACCCAAUGGACAUCCAGAUGGCCAUUUUUCACUGUGCAGAUGAUCUUGCCAGGCAAUAUAUUUUGACUAAACUUUCCAUUUGUCAAUUUGCACUACCCCUAGUGGUGCCAAAUCCCAGCACUUCUCAGAUUGAAUUUUCUCUGUGGUCUCUCAGACAAAUUAGGAGAAGUUGGCAAGAGGCAAGUAAAUCACCACAGGACAAGAGCUAUAGUCACCGGAAUCAGCAGAUGUGCUGUGUCUCUACCCCUAUCGUAUCCUUCAUUAGAGUUGGAAAUGGCCUUUCUGCUUCCAAAUCUCAGAUCAUGAACUCUCUCCUCAGUAAAUGUAAACAUGAUGUGUUUUUUCACAGACACUGCAGAGGAAGCAGCAAACACUGUCUCCUGAUGGAGGGAGUGGUAGAGAUCUCCUGGUUCUGUCCUGGUGGCCAAGGUGAGGACACAUUUGAUAAGUGUGUGGCCUUCACCAAUCUUCAUGGGGAUGCCAAAGAAUAUAGGCAACAACUCAGCUUCCUGCAGGAUGUGUCUUCUGUCAUCGUGAUCCUCAUGUCUGCUUCUGAUAAUAAUAAAGAAAACCAGAAUCUUGUCAGACACUUGUGUCAGUCAUCAGUACCUCUAUUGUGCUUGCUGGAUGAUAAAAAAAAUGUCUUGGCCAAUAAUCUUGGUAGAAGAGUGAGAAUUGGUAUCAGGAAUAGAAAUGAAGCAGAAUUAACUGAGGAACUCACAAAUGCCAUUAAACAUUUACUAGAACUAUCUGACACUUCUCUCAGCUUAGAAGAAUGUUCACAUAUGGCUCGAAGACAAGGAUUCCUGGUUGAUGAAGAUCAGAGUGUCUGCAAGGAUGCCAAAGAAAAGGCUGAGAUAAUAAUGGCCCUACUAGCAAAACAGACAUUAUCAAAGAUAAAGGAAAAUGUUUUACCUCUUCAGGGACAACUCUGGCAUACUUGGUGUAAGAAAGACAAAGAACUCUAUCAUCUGAGAGAAAAGGGAAAUCGGAGCAUUGAACAGCAUAAAAGUGACAUAGAUACUCAGAAACAAAAUAUACGGUAUCAACAAUUAGAGAAAGCUUUUCCUCUCAAUGAUGUAAUGCGUUCUUUCCUUAAAAUAAUUCAAGAAAACAAAGAAGCUGCUUCUAAACAUUACAUCUUGUAUUGGUUGAGUCUUUUUUUACACAAUUUAACCAAAGGACAUUUGGAAAAAUUACAGCAGAAACAAAGGUCUUUGUGGUCAAUGGUACAAACAGAAAAACAUAAGGAAUAUAAAAGCAACUCCCUGACACUCUGGCAGAAUCAGAUAGAAGCCAUCUCUGUGGAGAUUCAUGACUGUACUUUUGGAAUUGAGCACCUUCUCCGAGAAACUGGUCAGAUCUAUGAAGCUCUGGAAGAAACUUCUUCCACUACAGAUAAAAGUUUUCUCUCUCUCCCUCAGAUUGCUGCAGACCUGAUGAUAGCUGGUGUUCCCAUUGAGCUGAUGGAUGGGGAUGCUUCAUAUGUGCCUCUAAAAUGGGUGACUGCAGUUUUUGACAAGAUCUCAGAGAAAGUUGGUGACAAAAGGCUGUUUGUUCUCUCUAUCCUUGGUCUGCAGAGCUCAGGGAAGUCCACUCUGCUGAAUGCCCUGUUUGGGCUACAGUUCACAGUCAGUGUGGGUCGUUGCACCAGGGGGGCCUAUAUGCAGCUUCUGAAGGUAGAUGAGACAUUCUCAAAAGAGCUUGGCUUUGAUUAUGUGCUAGCAGUAGACACAGAAGGACUUCGGGCUCCAGAACUCAAAAACAAAUCCCAGAAUCGGGACAAUGAGUUGGCUACAUUUGUUAUUGGCCUUGGAAACUUGACUCUGAUCAAUAUUUUUGGGGAGAAUCCAUCAGAGAUGCAGGAUAUCCUACAAAUUGUGGUCCAGGCAUUUCUGAGAAUGAAACAAGUGAAAAUCUCUCCCAGUUGCAUCUUUGUCCAUCAGAAUGUGGGAGAAGUUACAGCAAAAGACCAAACUAUGGAAGGCCGAAGGAGACUAGAGGAGAGACUGGAUGAAAUGACAGCAGUAGCUGCUGAACAGGAAGAGUGCCCAAACAUAACCCGCUUCAGCGAUGUCAUUAAAUUUGAUGCCGAUAGUAAUGUCUACUACUUUGCCCACCUCUGGGAUGGCAAUCCCCCAAUGGCCCCUCCCAAUCCUCACUAUAGCCACAAUGUACAGGAGUUGAAGUGUGGGAUUUUUAGGACUGCCCAGCAGGAAUCCAGGGGGAGGAUCAUGAAGAUAUCAGAUGUAAAAUUUCGAGUUCAAGAUUUGUGGAAAGCCCUGGUCAGUGAGAACUUCAUUUUCAGUUUCCGGAACACCCAAGAGGUCAUGGCCAUGAAUAAACUGGAAACCAGUUAUAACCACUGGACUUGGGAGCUGAGGAGUCAUGUGCUGGAAUUACAGAAUCAGCUGAACAAUCAGAUUCAGAAUGGGAAAAUUUUGACUCUCACAACUAAUGCACUGGAGAGUCCAGUUAAUAAGAGGUAUGAAACUAUCAAACAAGAAUUUGACAAGUAUUUUGAAGAAGACCCAGAUAGUGAAACAUUGGUACAAUGGAAAGCAAAUUUUGAACAUAAGCUACUCAUUCUUAAAGAUGCACUUAUUUCAGACACCAGAAGGAAAGGCAAUGAACUCAUCAGUCUCAAACAAAGCCAAGAAAGACUAGAUAACCAAAAGUCACAAUAUGAAAAUGAAUUGAUAGAGAAGAGCCGAAAGUUGGCUUUAGAUGUUAAAGGUAAAGAAUUAAGUGAUGAAGAGUUGCAUGAGAAGUUCAAUCAACUUUGGACAAAUUGGAUCCACAGUGUGUCUUUGACUGUACCUCCUGUCAAAGAACCUGACAUUGAUUUGGAUUCUGAAAAUAUCCUUCUGGAUUAUUUCAAGAAAGAGAAAAACAUUGUGGAAAGACUCAAAGUGAAGUCUGGAGAGAUGUUUGAAAUCAAUUAUUCCAAACAUGUCCAAAUGAAAAAAAAAUGUAUGAUAUUUUCAAAGAAUUUAGAAACCUGUCAUAAGGAGUCCAUUAAUAGGACUACUAAUAACAUUUAUUUAAGAAAUAAUGAAAUAAUAAAAAACAUUUGGAAGCAAAAGCGUGAUUACAGUCAGAAUGAUUUUCAUGAAAUUCUGAGGAUAAUAGAAAAUGAACUGAAAUCUGUUCCCCCUGAGGAAGACUACACAUUUACCAGAGACUACACCAUUGACUUAUCCUUGUGCUUAUUCCAAGGAGCAGCCAAGAGUUUCAAGGAAAUGCACAAGGCAUUUAAGAGUGCAAAUGAUCCAGUGAACUAUCUGGAGAGAAAGAAAGAUGAUUUGUUCUUGAAUUUUAAGAUCUCCUGCCAAGGUGCCACCUCUAUCACAUCCUUUGUUGACUUCCUGUGGCUCAAGCUCACUCCUGCUAUCUCUGUCACCAUAUGGGAAAUAAUAGGUCUUAAAGUAGCUGGGGACGUGAGAACCACCUGCUCUGCAUUCAAUGGAAACAGGGCUAACCUGGAGAAGCAUAUUCUCCAUUCUCUAGCUGAAGAAGAAAACUUUGUUAAGUAUUGGCAAUAUAUUCAUCAGCCAGAAUCCUUUUUCAGGGAUUACAUUAGUGAACACAUUAGAAGAUACUGUUCAGAAAAAGAAGGUGAAAAAAUAAAGACCACUUUAAAAAUAAGUUUAGGUGACAUCAAGAAUGCCAUCCUCACUGCCAUUCAUGAAUCCACAGCAGUAGCUAAAGAUAAAACCAGUAUUGCUUCUGGCUGGUUAGAUUUGUUCUGUGAUAACCUAGGAAGCAACCUGAUCUUUCCCAGAAGAGACCUGAUAAGUAUUGAGCACCAGGAGAUUAAGGAUACUGAGUUUUUCAAAGAAACCAUGAAUGCAGCUUUGGAUCUUGCAAUGAGGAAAGUAGAAGAGGACUGCUCAAGUAGGCCCAUAGAUGAAAUAGUUCCUGACAUUGAGAAAAUUCUCUCUGAACAUCUCUGUGGCUGCUGGAAACAGUGCCCUUUUUGUAAAGCAAUUUGCACAAACACCAUUCCCCAACAUGAAGGAGACCACAGUGUGCCAUUCCACCGCCCUAAUGCUGUCAAUGGAUGGCAUUAUAAUAAAACAGACUACUUUGCCACUGACUUCUGUACUACUUCUGUAGCAAGUGAUGGUUCAUUUAUUUUAAGUGAUGACAGAAAAUUCCCAUACAAGAAAUACCGAGAAGCAGGAGGUGAUUUUGCCACAUGGAGCAUCACCCCAGACUCAUCUACCCAGCCAUAUUGGAAAUGGUUUAUCUGUCACUUCAGAUCAGAGCUUGAGGAAAGAUAUGGAAAAAAAUUUAAAAAGUGGGGUACUAUUCCAGAUCCAUGGUUCAAAAUCACAAAACAAGAAGUACUCGAUGACUUAAAAUAA